GCGGACGGACCGGAAGUCGAGGCCGGGUGCUGGCGAGGGAUCCGCCGGGGCGCCGGUUGUUCGGCCUCUCUGCGCUCGCUCCUCCCUUUCCGGGAUGUCGGCGAAGAGAAAAGCCGAGGCCAUGAUCCCGGCCGAGGAGAGCGACCAGCUGCUCAUCCGGCCCCUAGGUGCUGGGCAAGAAGUAGGAAGAUCAUGCAUUAUUCUGGAGUUUAAAGGAAGAAAAAUAAUGCUUGAUUGUGGAAUCCACCCUGGCCUAGAAGGAAUGGAUGCCCUACCUUACAUUGACUUGAUAGAUCCUGCUGAGAUUGAUCUCCUCUUAAUCAGUCAUUUCCAUUUGGAUCACUGUGGCGCUUUACCAUGGUUUCUGCAGAAGACCAGCUUCAAAGGAAGAACAUUUAUGACUCAUGCUACAAAAGCUAUUUACAGGUGGCUUCUUUCAGAUUAUGUCAAGGUUAGCAAUAUUUCAGCAGAUGACAUGCUGUACACGGAGACAGAUCUGGAAGAAAGCAUGGACAAAAUUGAAACCAUCAACUUUCAUGAAGUAAAAGAGGUGGCAGGAAUCAAGUUCUGGUGUUACCAUGCGGGCCAUGUCCUGGGAGCAGCCAUGUUUAUGAUUGAAAUAGCUGGUGUGAAGCUUUUAUAUACAGGUGAUUUCUCAAGACAGGAAGACAGACACUUGAUGGCAGCUGAGAUUCCUAAUAUUAAACCUGAUAUUCUUAUCAUUGAAUCCACCUAUGGUACCCAUAUUCAUGAAAAAAGGGAAGAGCGAGAAGCAAGAUUCUGUAACACUGUUCAUGAUAUUGUAAACAGAGGAGGUAGAGGUCUUAUUCCCGUCUUUGCCUUGGGUCGAGCUCAGGAGCUGCUUUUGAUCUUAGAUGAAUACUGGCAGAAUCACCCUGAACUCCAUGACAUCCCAAUAUACUAUGCCUCCUCUUUGGCAAAGAAAUGCAUGGCAGUGUAUCAGACAUAUGUAAAUGCUAUGAAUGACAAGAUCCGCAAGCAAAUCAACAUCAACAAUCCAUUUGUUUUCAAACACAUUAGUAAUCUGAAGAGUAUGGAUCACUUUGAUGACAUUGGCCCCAGUGUUGUUAUGGCUUCCCCAGGUAUGAUGCAGAGUGGCUUAUCCAGAGAAUUGUUUGAGAGCUGGUGUACUGAUAAGAGAAAUGGAGUAAUAAUAGCAGGGUACUGUGUUGAAGGAACACUUGCCAAGCACAUAAUGUCUGAACCUGAAGAGAUCACAACUAUGUCAGGGCAGAAGCUCCCACUGAAGAUGUCUGUAGACUACAUUUCUUUCUCUGCUCACACGGAUUACCAACAAACCAGCGAGUUUAUCAGGGCACUGAAACCUCCGCAUGUGAUUUUAGUGCAUGGUGAGCAGAACGAAAUGGCCAGAUUGAAAGCAGCAUUGAUACGAGAAUAUGAGGAUAACGAUGAAGUUCACAUAGAAGUUCACAAUCCUAGGAAUACUGAGGCUGUGACAUUAAACUUCAGAGGAGAAAAACUUGCCAAGGUGAUGGGGUUUUUAGCAGAUAAAAAGCCAGAGCAAGGACAGCGAGUUUCAGGGAUCCUGGUUAAAAGAAACUUUAACUAUCACAUCCUUUCUCCAUGUGACCUCUCCAAUUACACUGAUUUGGCUAUGAGCACUGUAACACAGACACAAGCCAUUCCAUAUUCUGGUCCUUUCAAUCUGCUUUAUUACCAGCUACAGAAACUGACAGGUGAUGUAGAGGAAAUCGAAAUCCAGCAAAAGCCAGCCUUGAAGGUUUUCAAAAAUAUUACUGUGAUCCAGGAACCUGGCAUGGUGGUACUUGAGUGGGUGGCAAAUCCUGCAAAUGAUAUGUAUGCAGACACUGUAACAACAGUGAUCCUGGAAGUUCAGUCAAAUCCCAAAAUACAGAAAGCUGCAGUGCAUAAGAUUGCCAAAAAAGUAGAUAUGGAUGCAUUUAGCAAAAGGAUGGAGAUCAUGCUUCAAGAUGCUGAGGAUCUGUACUUCCCAUUGACUUCAGUGAGAGCUGGACAUGUUUGGAGAGGACUGUGUUACUGCAAAAGAUGGCUCUGUUCUAAGUGUCACAGUGGAUGGAAAGACUGCAAAUAUUUCCUUGGACACACGGACAGCUGAAUGUGAGCCAGGAAAUGAAGAUGAUGAAUCCCUUCGGGAAAUGGUGGAGUUGGCUGCACAGAGACUCUAUGAUGCCCUCAGCCCAGUCCAUUGACCUGACUGACCAGUAUAUAUAUAGGAAACACAAGAACAAUCUUUUUAAUACUUGAUUCAUUUUCACCAUUUUCAUAAAAAAAUAAAUAAAACUUGCCUUUAGCAAGCCAUAUGUACUUAUUUCCUGACCACAAAACUGCUUAGUUGUCAUUACAAAUAACAGAUGGGCAAUCUGUUAUAGCAACUCCAUUUUGUGUAAUGUACAUAAUGAGUGAAUAUAUGUACAUAUGAACCCAUUAAUGGGACAUAUGCACAUAAGAGGAGAAAUUUCUUACCCUGAUAUGAUGUAAUAGACAACCUAAAAUGAUGAUAAAAAAUAAAUGGGAGGAAUCUUA